AGGAGGAGGGGGGAGUCCGAAAGGGAAGGAGCAGCAUCGCUGGCGACUGCAGGAGAGACCGAGUGGAGGAGAAGACGCAAAGCGGCGUCUGCUUCUGAAGAUGAAACCCACUUUCAUCAAACACUGAGCGCUCGGAUGUCUCUCGGCGUCGCCAUGUAUUUUGGUAACGUGUGUCACAGCGUUCUGCCGGCGCUGGCCCACUCCACGCUGGCCCGGUCCCCGCACUCCGACCUGAAGCCCGUCCCUCCCUUCCAGCUGCUCCCCGGGUUUGCCGACAUGGAUCACGUCCAUAAAGCUCUGAUCGGCCCCAGCUUCCCUCUGAGCUCUCCCUCCAAGAGAAAGCCCAGUUCGUGCGGCGUCUGUCGCCUGAGGUUCAACUCCGAGGCUCAGGCUUCGUCUCAUUAUAGUGGCACCAAACACGCAAAGAGGCUGAAAUCUCUGGACGCCCCAGAUUCAAAGAGCAGGACCUCUGAACCGGUCACCAAGGAAACCACAUCGCAAAUCCUCUCGUCAGCCUGCCCACAGCCCUGCAGCUCUGACACAGCAUCAGGAGAGCCCUCAGCCUCGAGCCCUACCUCAAAGGCGGCGCCGCCGGGCCACGUCCCCGCUGUAACUGUGAACGCGCCCUCCGACCCCUCGCCGCCGUCCCCGCGCGGGGACGCAGACGCUCCGGAGGAGGAGACGGAGGAGGAGAAAGCCGUGCGUCUCCUCUACUGCUCCCUGUGCAAGGUGGCCGUGAACUCGGCCUCGCAGCUGCAGGCCCACAACAGCGGCACCAAGCACAAGACGAUGCUGGAGGCCAGAAGCGGCGACGGGUCGAUCAAGUCCUUCCCGAGGGCAGGGGUCAAGUCCAAGCUGGCGGCGCCGUCCGAGUCAUCCACCGGGCUCCAGAAUAAAACCUUCCACUGUGAGAUUUGCGAUGUUCACGUCAACUCUGAGACGCAGCUCAAACAGCACAUCAGCAGUCGGAGGCACAAGGACAGAGCUGCAGGUAAACCGGCCAAGCCUAAGUUCAGCCCCUACACUCCCACCCCGCGACAUCACAGUUUCCACGCAAUCCGUCUGGCUCUGCAGAAGAACCAGGACCUCUCCAAACCUCUGGCCUCGUGCCUGCUGCAGCGUCAGCUCUCGGCCGCCGCCGCCGCCACCGCCGCCGCCGGCGUGGCCUCGCUGCCCGCGUUCCCGCUGCGGCCCGCCUCCCACUCAAGCCCCGCCCUCUUCCAGAGCCAGCCCCUCCCCCAGGCGCUGCUGCACGCGGCCCCGGGGCCCAUCUGCUCCGCACACGCGCCGGUUCUGUUCUCCCCCUACUGACCCGACGCGG